AUGCUCUGCUUUGACCUCACGCAUCGCCCCUCGUUCCUCCAUCUAGAUCAGUGGAUGGAGCGUGUUCGGCAGCAGGCACUCCCGGGGAUUCCGUGCCUGCUCAUCGGGUGCAAGUGCGAUGAGGCACGCAACGCGCGGCAAGUGACGAAGGAAGAGGCAACGGCGUGGGCCCAGCAACACGGCAUGUCGUUCAUUGAAACGAGCGCGAAGGAGAAGGAAAAUGUGCAGUUUGCCUUCCAGCAAAUAACCAAGGAGAUAUUUGUUGAUCUGAAAGACCGCAACGGCAAGUCGAUGGCGGCGGGGGGCAAGAACGCGGGAAGGGCGGAGAGCGUGAAGUUAGACGCCCAGGGAGGAAAGCGGAAUUCUUCGGGCGGAGGUGGUUGCUGCUAG